UUUAUCUUCUUAAUCUUCUCUGUGCGACUCUAGUUUUGUCGACUCCAAAAUUCUAUCAAAAGGGAACUUUUGUUUUUAAAAGAAAAGGCAAGAAGAUGCAAGGAAGCGAAGAGCUUAGUAUUAAUGAACUUGCUUCUAAUCUUUCAACCUAUAAGGAACAGCUUCAGCAGGUCAGAAAACUUUUGGCUGAUGACCCUGGAAACUCUGAGUAUGCAGACAUGGAAAAAGAACUUCAAGAAGUGAUUGCGCUUACAGAGGAGCUCUUUGCAACAGCAAAUCAAAAUGAUAUUUCUGGAUCAGAAAUUGGGAGUGAUGACACUAAUGUACCUCCACAUGGUCAGCAGUCUGCAGGGACUUCUGGUUAUGAUAUGGCAUCAAACAACAUCUCAGAGCCGUUUGACAAACUUCCUGUUGGCACGAAAGUUCAAGCUGUUUGGAGUGAAGAUGGGGAAUGGUACGAUGCAACGAUUGAAGCUCAUUCUCCAAAUGGGUACUAUGUUUCUUAUGAUGAGUGGGGAAAUAGAGAAGAGGUGGAUCCUGGCAAUAUAAGGCCAAUUCAAGAAGGAGAGUUCAAUGCUUUGGUGGAAGCUGAGAGAGUAGCUGAAGCUACAAAACAGGCUAUCAAACGAAAGAUUGCACAAGCUGCCACUACUGACUUCCAAUCACGAACUUUACCAGCAAAGCUCCGUAUAGAUCCUGAUGAUCCUGAAGAUGUGAAAGCUGCUAAGAAAAAGAAGAUACAUGCUUUCAAGUCGAAGGUCAGGCUUGAGCAACUGGAAGUCACACAAAAUAAGCGACAGAAUGCAUGGCAGCAGUUCCAGACAACCAAAGGCCAUACUAAGAAGACUGGGUUCUUCUCGGGGCGCAAGCGUGAGAGCAUCUUCAAGUCUCCAGAUGACCCAAAAGGGAAGGUUGGUGUGACUGGCAGUGGAAAGGGAUUGACGGAUUUCCAGAAGAGGGAAAAGCAUUUGUAUCUCAAGGGUGGAACUGUUGAAUCAGAAGAGUAGACGGCUUCAGUAAUCCGUAUCUGUCCAUUACAUUUUGUGAUUGCGUAAUCAUUUCCUUCAAAUUUCCAUAUGAUGGUAGUAGAAAAUUGUCUUCAGGAAACAGAGGAUGAAUCACUUGGGGCCUGGAAACUGACCUUUUGUUAAA